AUGCGUCCUACACAGUCGCACGGAGAAAGUGAACCGCGUGAAAUCUGCUCCGGACCUCUUGGUUUGAGAACUGCUUUGGGAGAAAACGCGCUCGCCGAAUUAAUCUUAAAGAAUAUGUUUGAUAGGCCGAACAGGCGGGGUUUUCACCACGUCGUCCUCUUCUUAUUUACUAAACUGGACAGGGCCCGCACACGUGCAACUUUCAGAGAGUGUGGUCUUGAAAACCGCUGCAUCACAGAUCCUCGAUUCAGGAAGCAGUGUGUGGAAUGGCUAAAAGAGAUCAUACAUAAAGAAGGCGUCCGCAUAACAAUCACGGGUUCUUUGAUUGUGGCUCCUAGAGGUCCUAAAAUUAUUCACCUGCUCUAUCUGCUUGCAAGGCGUGUAAUGCUUGCGGACAUAAAAAGGAACUGCAGAGGCAAUGACAUACCUUUUGCAGAAGCUUUACAGUUGGUACCGAAGGACAUGUACAUGGCAAAGGCAAGGCAUAGAGUUGCAUACAAUAAGCUUCUGCAGACUGUCCAGAAGGUAGCUUUUGUUAAUCAAGAAUAUGAGAAGAAAAGACAGUAA